AUGUCGAUGUCAACCGCAUCCGUGAAGGAACAGACGUUCGCACCACGGAACUGUUUCAAGAGCGACAAGGUCGCUGAGAUUUCCUAUGCUACCAUCCAGGGCAAGGAUUGUCUUGUCCAGAAGUUCAGAAACAGCUCCGUAAUGCUCGAAGCAACGCAUUAUCGUCCCAAGCUGUUCUACACCUCCAAUGGGCCCGUCCCAGAGCUCGCGGGAGAGGAGGAGUCCUUUCCAGAGCCAGACAACCAGUCGAAGAUGAAGCGAAGCUGCGAGAACGCAGAACACGUUGGGCUUUUCACACCCAAUGCUGGACAGCAUUUCCGCGAUGAGCAACGCCGCAGACGCUCGCAGUAUGACCGAGGUACCAGACUGGCCGCCCUCGAAGAACAUGACUUCGAAGCAUCUAUGCAGCCAUACAUGUAUCAUGCUUAG